AUGACUGCUACAGUAUCGAGAAAGCGCAAGUCGACAGAGCCGGACCGCGACCCCCGGGAUGAAACCCAAAUCACAACGCCAACAGGCAGUCCGCCGGCCAAGAAACUGAGAAUUACCCAGAGCCAGAAACAGACACUUAUUGACAAUCUUCAAUUAGAAAUUACGGAACGCGCACGAAAACUACGUGCUCAAUACGCACUACAAGCACAGGACCUGAGGUCCCGAAUUGAAAGACGCGUAAAUCGCAUCCCUGUAUCAUUGCGCAAAACUACGAUGGGCGCGCUUCUCGAGAAGUACUCGCAAGUAGCCCUGUCCCCGAAAAAGUCAGCUGCUCCCGCAAAGUCCACGAGAAGCGCGAACACAACUGUUGUCUCCAGAGACAUCGAGUAUCCGAAUCUCGCAGCCAUUAAAUCGCCCCCUCGUCAUACCAGGCAGACGAGCAACGUCGGCAGUUAUUCAGAUAAAGAGAAUGCGCCCCUUCCAGAGACCCAUCUUGCUCUUGACAACCCAAAGAAACGAGGCAAUCCGAGUGCUGCUGGCCAGCCGCGCUCUGUGUCACAAGUCCUUCGCGAUGCCGAGUCAAAAGUUCUUUCGCCAAAAUCCUCCAACUCUCGCACAUAUAAACAGUCGCCACUUAUAACAUCACCUACCAAAGCGUCAUACCUAUCGCGCCCUGUCUCGCCUUUAAAGCCAUCGAGUCCGUUGAAAGCUAUGAUUGAAGAUGCACGUGCUCGGACAACGCGUCCGGAAACCAAGAAAACUUCACCGGCAGUUGGAAGGAAGACAAAGACAACAACACAAACGCGGAAGACUACGACCAAAUCCGCCAAACCGAUUGCCACCAAGUCCCCGGCGCGACCUACAACACGACAACAGGACCGACAUACAAGCACCAGCACAACAUCGUCUAACAUGUCUUCGGGUACAACCAUAGUCCGACCUACGCGCACUGCAACAGCCAAGCGUGCCACUGCGACGACGUCAAGCGCUGCAGCAAAACGAACCACUGUGGCCCGCAGUCAAGGCCCUACAGCUGCAGCCACCGCAAAGCGAACAGCAGCAACGGCUAAAAGAGCAGCCGAAACUCCCACCAGCAAUACUGGUCGGGUGCUAAGAAAGCGAGCCUAG